UAUACGAUACAAAAUGCCUAUCAAAUCGAAACUGCUGUCACUUCACAUGCGAUUGAUGCAAAGCAAUGUCAUUAAAGAAAGUAAUAUAAAUUUUGACGUGCGUAUAUACACAAGCAAACAUUGAGGAAUCCAUCUACACAUACGUACACACGUUCACGUGCACGUACCCCCCUCUCACAUACAUAUACACACAGAGGAAUGAGUGAUCGGUUUCCGUCAGAGCACCCUGUAUAUAUUGUGUUAUGUUAACAUACGGCAAGAUCGAGAAAUCAUACAUAAUCGAUAGAACAGGCUUUAUGAUGUCAGUAAAGUCAAGGUCCCGUCUUUUUUUGUCUUCGACUUCUCUAAGCCAGCAAGUACCCAUUUACAUCAUUAAUAUAAAUGGCUGUAGCAUUAGAAAACUUCCUUUGGCUGCCACCGGGAGACUGAAUUGAUGUCAUUUUGACAGCGGCCAUGCUGGAGCACCGCCUUUAGUCGAGCAAAUCGAUCCCAGGACUUAUUCUUUGAAGAAGAAAAUAUUCUAUUGUUGCUCAAAGGAACAGUUUAUUUAAACAUCACUUAGCUAUCUGAAGUGAUAUAAAGUAGUUUCUGUGAAAAUGCCGUCUCUCCAUUAUAUUUCACAUGCUGUUGCUCUUGCAUUGAUUGCAAUGCUGAUCAGAAAAUACAUAGAACUGAAGAUUUACCAUGAUGAUGUCAUGUCUUCAUGUUACCUUUCUGAAACAAACCAUGAAAAUUCAGAAGUAGAAAAUGAAAUUGAACAUGAAACACCUCCAAAAGCUCCUGUGCCAACUUCUGAUGACCCUAGAUUUCUAACACCAGAGUAUUUGAAUCAGAAACUAUUUUCUGAUGGCUCAUCGGUAACCUGUAAUCCUACAGACCAUGCUGCUCAACGGACUUGCCAUUUUGUCAACCUGUGUUAUUUUGCUGAAAGAGACAGUUACUUGUUUUUUCACAGUGAUAAAAGUAUACUUGAAAAUAUUCCUGUUAAUCGAUACUCUCCAACUUUAGUUGAAUUAUCUUCAGUUACAAACCAUACUUACAACCAUUUUAAUUAUAUUGACAUGCCUGUAAGUGCUUCUAGAUUGUUCCAUAUAAAAUGGGUGACAACUUCCAGUUUGAUUAUAAGAAGAUUUAAGCCUGACAAUCUUAUGCAUGUCAUUCAUGAUGAUAUUCUACCUCUCUUUCAGACUCUCAGACAUUUUAAUCUUGCUGCCAAUACUUCAGACCGCUUUCAUUAUAGAUUAAUAUUUGAUGAUGAGUGGGGAGAAGGUCCUUUCUUAAAACUCUAUGAUAUUCUCUCAGUGUAUCAACCGAUUUUUAAGUCUAUGCUUCGUGAAGCCCCAGGAUUAACUUGUUUUCAUCAAGCCUAUGUUGGUUUAGUAAAAUCUACUGCAUGGUAUGAUUAUGGCUUUUAUAAGCCACAAGGUCCUCUUCCUGAAAGAAAGGUGAGCAGUGUUGAAAUUAACAGCUUAUUGGAGUAUACACGGAGAGAAUUAGGUCUAAGCAUCAAUACUGAUAAUUCAGAUUAUUUAGUUCUCAUAUCAAGGAAAUCAACAAGGCUGAUCUUGAAUGAAAUUGAAUUAAGCUUAGCUUUGUCACGUGAGGUCCGUAUUAAAGUGAUUCAUUUAAGUCAAGAACAGUAUACAAUUGAACAGAUGAUUGAAGUUGUGUCUAAUUCUAUAGGAAUAAUUGGAAUGCAUGGAUCAUUAUUAACACUUGCUAUGUACUUACCUGCUGGUAGUAUUUUAAUAGAGCUGUUCCCAUAUGCUGUAAAUCCUGAUCAUUAUACUCCAUAUAAAACACUGGUUUCUUUGCCUGGAAUGAACAUUCUGUACAGAGCAUGGCGUAAUAUGGAACAAAAGAAAUCAUUUGGUCAUUUAACUAUGGGAAAUAUUGAAUAUCUUCCUCAUGAUGUACAACAAAGAAUUAUUUCUCAAAUGGAAGUUCCAAGACAUAUUUGUUGUGAUGAUCCAUCAUGGCUUUACCAUAUUUACCAAGACACACAAGUUGAUAUUGAAACUAUAAUCUCCUUGACACAAGAAGCUAUUUUGGCCACAAAAACUGAAAACAAUCGGGCCUUGGAUAAAAUAGCUACAAACUUUGUCAUACCUGAUAAAGUUACACAUGAUAGUUGCAAAACUAUGGUUGAUGGCUCCAAGCAGAUAAUUAUUUAUUGGGAAAUUCCUUGGAACUUACAGUUUUUCAACUAUGAAACAGUUGAAUAUGAAGUGUUGUUGCAAUACACCAAAAGUCCUGAAAAAUCUACAAUUUUUAGAGUUUCAGCCAACUCCAUAACACUAGAACCAUCAGACAGUUUUUACAUUGUGUGGGUUCGCUGUAGCUUGGAUGAGAUUCAUGUGGGACCAUUUAAGCAAAUUGCUUGUGUUGAAUGAUUUGUUAUGCUUGGCAAUAAUUGAUAAUAUUCAAAUUAUGCUGGGGUCAACUUUGCCUCUCAUCCUUCCAGGGUAGAUCAAAAUAUAUCAGUCAAGUUCUGGUGUUGAUAUAAUUGACUAAAUCCUCCCCAAAAUUUGAGGCCUUGUGCCUGUAUAAGUAAAAAAAAAAAAUCAGUGAUUGAUAUUUGAUGAAGUCAGUUCUCUAUUUAUUUUAGAAGAGUUAUUUUCUUGAACUUAACUCUUAUUCCAAAGUAUUCAUGUUGUAAAUAAUUUGUCAGACAAAUAAAUUCCAGUUUACAGUCA